AACAUCAUUUGAUUUCAGAUUUGUGUGUGGGCGUACAAAAUUAUGUGGAAAUUUAAUUUUAUCGAUAAAUUGUAGCAAACAGAAGAAUCAUUUUGAAAUAGAACAAUAAUUAUAUGUUCUGAAUAUGUAAUACAACAAUGAAGUGUCCAUUUUAUCCGUAAAUUGGACAGAGAUGAUCAUGUGUAUCGUCAAUGUAUAAUAAACAUUUUAUCCAAGAUGUUUAUUCUUAGUGCAAAACAAUGUGAAGUGCCAGCUUUUCGCGUUUUUGUUUCGUAAAUGAUGACAUUGAAUGUGGUGUGAAUGUUGUGCUAGUGCCACGCGUUAAUAAUGAAUCUGAUGCGCAAAUUGCGUGGGGCGAGCUCGUCGGCGUCCUCGGAGGCUGGCGACUCCCCCUCGUCCUCGCCCCACGUGCAGCUUGGGCUCAUGCACCUCAAGAAGCUGUUCGCGGAAUACACGCAUCCGCCGCAGCAGCUCACAGACGCCGAGAAAGAUGACAAACUUUACAACAUGCUCCCUUUAUUUUGCAAGGUAUUUGGUACGAGUCCAUCAAGUGAGAUGAAUGAGAAGUUCUGGGACAUUCUUUCGUUUUGUCAACAAGUUUCAAAGCUUAUGGUGUCAGAGAUAAGAAAGCGUGCCAGCAAUCAGAGCACAGAGGCAGCUAGUUGUGCAAUAGCCAAGUUUCUGGAGAUUGAGAACUCUGAGGAAUCAAGUAAUGGCUGGAUGUUAUUGUCUACACUAAAUCUCCUGGCAGCUGGUGACCAGUCUUUGAUACAGGUCAUGACCACUGCAUCCAUACCAUCAACAUUGGUUAAGUGCCUGUACCUUUUCUUUGACCUUCCUGAGAUACCUGAAGCCACUGCUGAUGUACAAGAUGGUAUAAGUGAAUUCACACCAAGAGAGAGGAGGAUAUUGUUGCAGAAGAUAUUUGUACAGGUCCUUGUUAGGCUAUGCAGCCAUCCCUUCCCUUGUGAGGAGCUGGCUAGGAAGGAUGACUUGAGCCUCCUCUUCUCCGCAAUCACAUCCUGGUGUGCCCCUCACAACAUCAUGUGGAGAAAGUCUGCAGCUGAAGUCUUGAUGACUCUUUCUAGGCAUGGACUUACACAGUCUGUUGUUCAAUAUAUACAUAAUAAAGGAUGUGUUGCAUUAUGUAUAGAAAAUAUGCAAAGAGUACCAGAAUUGACACCAUUAGAGGUGGUGGAAAUGUUUGUAGCAGUAUUCUGUUUCUUAAAAGACUCGAGUGAUGUUAGUCAAUUAUUGUUAGACGAUUUUCGGUCUUGUCAGGGGUACUUGUUUCUAUCAGAGUUCCUUCUCAAGCACGAAAGCAAAGAUGUGCCCGAUUAUUUGACAUCUGGGCUAGAGGAGGAACGAGUGAGCGGCACGGAAGCGAGGGCGGCACUUCGCAACUUAGUCUUGAUGGUGUCAUCCCUCUGCGCGUGCGGUUUCUCGGAGCUGCGGCCCACACGCGCCAACACCGAGCUGUUCCAGCUGCAGGGCUUCGUGCUGCCACAGCCCUCUGCCACGGGGCAGGCUGUGCGCAAUGUACAGGCUUUCCAGGUGUUACAAUCAGUAUUCAUGAAGUCCAACUCUCCAGCGUUAUGCUGCACCAUCCUCGACGCGAUAUCGAGCGUUUACCAUGCAGAUAACGCUAACUACUUCAUACUAGAAAACCAAAACACUCUCAGUCAGUUUUCUGAAAGGAUACACACGAAGAAUGGGGAAAUACAAGAGAAAUUCUUCGAGUUAUUAGAGUUCAUAGUGUUCCAGCUGAAUUUUGUGCCGUGCAAAGAACUGAUAUCGCUGUCUCUGCUACUGAAGGCCAACAGAUCAAGAAGCUGUAGCAUUCUCUGCAUGAAAACAUUGUUAAAUAUAUUGAAACAUAAUGCAAUUUUCAAAGACGUAUACCGGGAAGUGGGCAUGCUGGAAGUGUUCGUAACCUGUCUGUCACGAUACGCGGCCUUUCUCAAAGACAAACAAAUUUUAGAAGAAGAAAAGAGUAAGAAGGAGUCUGGUGACGUAGCCGAAGUCAAAGCUCCGGAGAGAAGAAAAAGGAACUCCAGACAAGAGUCUUUGAUAAAGGACCCGAAUUUAGAUGCCGAAGAGGAGGAACUGGGGGCGUUAGUCAUGGAAGGGUUGACAGCUCUGUUGAACGGCAACGCGAACAACUGCAAUGUGUUUAGGGACUGUGGCGGCGCGAAAUGCGUGCAUGGAAUGGUUGUGCAUGAAUCUUGUAGGAGUAAAGCUUUAGGUGUAGUAAGAGAGCUAAUAGUAAGUGGAUCUGGGGAAGAAGACAUGUCGGCGUUGCUGUGUGGUAUGCACACGGCGCCAAAUGACGCUUUACGACUCAAACUUCACAUACUGAAGGCCUUGCUGGCUUGUUUACGAGAUUCUCAUAGAACUAGGACUAUUUUUAGAAAGGUGUCAGGUUUCGUGUACGUGACGAGCGUGUUGAUAUCCCUGGAGGGCAAGUUGGCAGGCGAUCAGUUGAUGGAGCGAGACAUGCUGCAGCUGAUACACAUUGUCUUCUACACCAUUAGUACUGCUAUGCGGUUCGAACCUGCCAACGCUAAGUUUUUUCAUCAUGAGAUAUGUAUGACGACUUUAUGUGAUACAAUCCGACGGCUAGGCUGCUUCUCUGCAGACAUUGAAUUGCAAAAUGAUGUCGAAGCCGGCGACACAGAACUAUAUGAAGUAUUCCACGAUGUUUUCACCGGAAAUAUUUUGGAGAUGACUUUUCCUGAGAAAGUGCCAGUGGUUUUUGUGCACGCGUGCAUAGUACUGCGACUACUGUACGACGUAGCCCUCGAUUCGUUCGACAAGCCCACUUUCUGCGGAUCUCUAAACGUCAAGUCACCGAGUUUGACGCGCCAGAGUUCUGCAAUCAAUGAGUCAAAGCCAGCGGGUCGCGCGCCGCCAUUGAACCUAUCAAUGGGCGCAAGCUCGGGCGAGGCGUGGGUGGUGCACGCGGGCGUGGUCAUGGUGCUGGCGCGGCUGCUGCCCGCGCUGCCGCGGCCCCAGCACCACGACGCGCAUGCGCGUGCCUUGAGGGACUACCUCGCGCAUGUGCUCAAGAGUCUUGUUAGAAGUGAACGCAACCAGCAAGUGAUGUGCGGCGCGGGGCUGGCGGGCGGCGUGCUGCGCGUGUGCGGCGCGGCGCUGCGCGGGGAGCGGCACCCGCUGCACGCGCCCGCCAUGUACAUGCUGGAGCGCCUCGCCGCGCACGCGCUGCGGCCCAGCGAGCUGAGGGAAUUCCUCAGGAUGGGCAACCCCCUGAACUGCGUGGCUCCGGAGCCGGGCGCGGUGUGUAAGCCGGGCGGGCCGGUGCCUCUCACCAGGAUCAAGACUCUGGUCUCUAUGACCACUCCUAGAGAUUACAGGUCCCAAAACUCGUGCACGCUCCCCCCGUUCGUGGAGUUCGACAUGUCCGCGGAGGGUUUCGGCUGCCUCUACCUGCCGAGCAUCGCGCCGCAAUCGGCCAACCUGAACGCACUAGGUACUCAAGACAAUGCUACACUUGGCGGCAUUGGAUCAGGUGAUCGUGUGUUUCCUCCGCAAACGGGUCUGACUUACUCGACGUGGAUAUGCGUCGAGAAGUACUCCGACCCGCGUACGGACCCUCACUGCGUGCGCCUGCUCACCCUUGUACGGAACCUCAGCAACACUCGCGAUGAACACCUCGUCUGCCUGACAGUCGUCUUAUCCGCAAGGGAUAAGGCCAUCAUCGUGUCUACACAGGAGACUCUAGUACCACACAACGUGGGUGAAUGGGAGCCGGAAGGGUCGGGCGAGUGCGGCGCGCGUGUGUGGUGCCCCGACCUGCAGCACGAGGGGCAGUGGCACCACCUGGUGCUCGUGCUCAACCGGGCCGUGCUCAAGAACUCUUCCUUCUCACUAUACUUGGACGGGCAACACAUGCACUCGGGCAAGCUGCACUACGUGAGCGCGAACCCGGGCGGCGGCGCGGCCACGCUGUCGGGGGCCUCGAGCGUGUAUUGCGUCAUCGGCACGCCGCCGCAGUGGCGCCGGUACUCGCGCCUCGUCUGGAGGCAGGGGCCCGCCUUGUUACUGGAGGACGUAUUACCAGCACAAACAGUGUCAGUAAUCUACCAGCUAGGACCACACUACGUUGGGACAUUGCAGGCGCCUUUGCCACCUGGACAGAACCAGGAGCCAUUGCAACCUUUGGUCGCUGAAGAGAAGGUCGUAUUUGGCAUCAAUGCUCGUGCGAUGUCGCAACUGACGUUAGCGAAGAUACGAAAGGUGUAUAGCAAGAAUGACAACAAAGCUAUAGCAAAACAGUUGGGGAUGUCGUCUCAUGAGAACGCGACGCCUAUAAGAAUAUUGCAUAACUCUGCUGGACAUUUGAUGGGACCUGCGAGGUGUCUCGGUGGGACGGUCGUUGGAUAUCUGGGUGUGAGAGUGUUCGUUCCUAAACCAGCUGCUAUUAUGAUCGACACCGUCGGUGGCUGCUCAGUAUUAUUAGGUUUAAUAGCCAUGGCACAAGACGUGGAGUGUUUAUACGCUGGAGUGAAAGCGUUAGUAUGUGUAGUGCGGUCGAACAAGGCGGCGCAAGCAGAAAUGGACAGAAGGAAAGGAUACCAGACUCUAGCAAUGCUGUUGAAAAGGAAAAAGCAAUUGUUAAAUUCGCAUAUCUUGCAUCUCAUAUUUGGUCUAGUCGGCACGGUCGACAGUCAGAAAGAAACCUCGUCGAUACCUAAUCUUACAGCAUUCCAGAAAGCUGUCCUUGACUGGCAGUCUUUAUUCCAGGAUCUGAUCUGUGAGCUCGAGGUGUGGCUCGGGGCUCCAGGGGGACUUAUCAAGUCCUUGUUAGAGCAUUUAUUGGAACUUGCCACUGAAACUGCGCACAGAACGCACAACCUACGCACAAUGCGGGAGCUGCAACUAGUUUCAAAGCUUCUCUACAUUAUAAACGACGUGAAAGUCGUCAGCACAAAGAACGUCCUUAUACAACUCCUAGCUGCUUUGCUCGGCGGCCAACCGCGACCGAGCGACUUGCUAUGUCUCGGACAAUUCAUGGCAUAUACUCUACCGCUACCAUCCCAGACUGAAAAGGGUGUUAACCUUAAAGAAAGUGACUGCGAGAAAGAAUGCGAGGGCGAGCAUAUAAUUCUACGCAACAAGUGCUUCAACGUUUUACACGGACUUUUGUUCACCGCGAGGAAUUUAGUGAAUACGAUAGUGUGUGAGGAGAUCUCGCGAGUGCUCGGCAUGGAUUGGUUGCUCAGUUUCAUGCAGGAGAAUGUACACCCCACGACAGUUCUAUGGGCUUUGAGGAUACUAGUCAUUUUGUGCUCCGGACAAGGGCAACAGUCUGCUAUCAUGCAAAGGUUCCGCGAGGGCUGCGGCAACGGCGGCUGGCUGCGUCACACGGAGGUGGUCGCGGCGACGCAGCAGGCGGGCGUGGUGCUGGCGGCCGCGGUGCAGUCACACUCGCACCUACACACCUCGCUGCUGCACACCUCCGGCUUCACGCUGCUCGCCUGGCUAGUCCUUUCUCACUUACAAAUCCCGGAGUUGUACUACCUACUGUUCGGGUUGACGCUGGGGCAACCUAUGCGUAACGUGGGCUCUGAUAAGACAGUGUCAGUGGAGCGCGUGUGGGCGGCGGCGUGGGGGGCGGCGGCGCCGUCGCGGCAGUCGUCCGCGGCCGUGGCGGCCAGGAUCACGCUGUGCCCUGAAGCCGUGGGCAUACUACUGGGCACGGUCAGGUCGCUCAUACAUGCCGAGAGUGGAAGCCUGCCUGAAUGGCUGAACGAUCACCCUGUAGCUAUUAUACAGGUUCUGUUCUCCCUGUACAAUACUCUACCGGAUUUCGUGACGAUAAUGAUGACAGCAGAAGUGCUAACAGCUUUGGCUUCGACGCUGUUCCCUCCGAACACUAGCGACGACAUUCACAUGGAAAUACGCGAAAGCGGCGAGAGUUCUGGUUCGUCCACGCCGGGCUCUGAGAAGGAGCUGGUCCUGGUCGCAGGGUCGGCCGCGCUCACACAGCACCCCGCUCGACAGGGCGUCAUGGACUUCCUCAAAGUCAUCGUGUUGGACUCCUUGCCGCUCAACGUGACGGGGAAAGCUGCACCGAGCGCCGCUUCUGACUCGGUGUCGGCGUCAGUGUUUUGUACGCCCUGUAGUGCCUGCUCUGCCCCGCCACGAUCGUUCUUUUAUUGCGUAAUCGACUUAGUUUUGGACGCGUCGCCACCAAACUCCACGAGUCAGCAGCAAGUGGAAUACCAGACGGAGGUGCUGACCACUCUGAUGGAGAAUCUACUCAAUACUGAGCUGUUUGGCUCCGAGUCCAACAUAUCAAAUGUUUGCUACUUAGCCGCGAGAUUGGUCGACAAAUUAUGGCAAGGACAGCUUUCCAGAGAUCCUCAUGAGGUAUUCGACUUCAUAGUUAAGUUAGUAACGCAAGCGAAGAAGAAAUCGUCAGUGAUAUCAUUGGAAGGGCUACAUCAUUGUUUGAAUAGAACUAUACUGUUUCUACUGUCCCGGUCUACUGACUCCAUUGCCGAUCAGAUGUCGGUUCUAGAAGCGUUACACAAGCUCACUACUAACCGAUUAUUAAUAUUCGGGGCUGGUAACCACGAGCUAGAGUUUAUCGGAUGUUUGACUUAUUGUCUGCUGCAACUGAGUGCCAACAUGAAGAUAGCGCUGGAUUCGCACAUGCGCACUACCUGGCAUGUCAACCCCAGCGGAGAUCUCGAGUCUAGGGAUGACAAGCUUACUACGCAUCAAGGACGUAACCUAAUGGCUGGCGCGGCUCGGCGAGUGUGGGAGGAACUGUACGCGUGCAAGAAGCCCGCCAUAGAGGAGGUGUUCAAGAUCACCCUGGUGCAGCCCGUGGGUAACGCGCGAGCGCCUGACCUGUCCGCUGUCAGGGAACAACUCAACGAAAGCGCACACAAGUUGUGGAUCAACUACAUUGAUUCGGAAAGAAAGGCCGUAUACCGUGUUCCCUGGGAGCUCCACAAUCAGAUUCAGUCGAAGAUACAGAAGGUCACCGGUGGACUGACUCGACUGGCAUCCAGAACUAAAGUAAAGAAGGAAGACUCGGCCAAACAACGCCCGCAUGUGCCCAGAGAUCACGCUUUGGCUUACAUGCAGGAUCAUGUCCAAUUAGUCAGACAAGCAUGGUGCGUCCAGCUGCAAACAUCAGCAAACACGACAUUGCAUACGACACGGUACGUGCAAGCGGAGUGGGCAGGCGCGUGGCGAGAGCUCACCAGAGAACGUGGUCUCUGGGGGCCCCCCAAACCGUCCCCUCUUGACAAGUGGGCCCUCGACUCAACAGAGGGGCCAUGCAGAAUGCGGAAAAUGCUAAGACGAAAUCAUUUAUUCUACUUCCAUUAUCCUUAUAGACCGGAGUUGGAAAAUCCUGAAAAUAAACAAUUAAAGUACAAAGUAGCACAGAGCCUAGACAGCAAAGAGUACUACCGAGUAUAUCAGCAGUGGCGGACCCCCGGCAAUAACCUGGGAGAGGCCGACGGCGUGGACUCCUCAGAGCUGCAGACUUAUGAGGAACAAAUUACUAAUAAUAAUCGAGAUUCAUCGUUAGAAGUGACAAACGAGGACGGAUCGCCAUCAGAUCUUGUCAGUAGUGGAGUCGUCAGCCGCGGCACAAAAGAAUCUGGCGAAGCCAAUGAAGAUGGACCCGAUAAUGAAGAUGAAGACGAACAACAACCUCCAGCACCUGACAACCAAACAUUACUUAGGCUACUGGAGCUCCAUGAAAAGAUCUCCCACAUGUUCCGCUGUGCAAGGAUACAAGGUCUCGACACGACAGAAGGACUCUUGCUCUUUGGCCGCGAACACUGUUACGUCAUCGACGGAUUCACCCUACUGAAGAACCGAGAGAUCAGAGACCUAGACAGCUGCCCCGACGACUAUGAACCCAUACUACCUAGCCAAGGCAUUCAAAGGAGCAACCAAAGACAGUGCUCCAAGUUUUUAUAUGAAGACAUACGGGAAGUACACAAAAGGAGAUAUCUACUGCAACCGAUAGCGCUGGAAGUAUUCUCAAGUGACGGACGUAAUUACUUGCUCGCAUUUCCAAGGAAAGUUAGGAAUAAGGUGUACAGCAGAUUCACAGCGCUUGCGACGGGCAUGGCAGACAGUGCGGCGGGCUCGGUAGCGGGGCAGAAGCGGGGCGUGGCCGUGGAACAACCCGCCGGGCUGCUAGCCACGCUUAUUGGGGACACCUCUGUCACGCAGCGGUGGCUGCGCGGCGAGAUCUCCAACUUCCAAUACCUAAUGCACCUGAACACACUGGCGGGACGGUCGUACAACGACCUGAUGCAGUACCCGGUGUUUCCAUGGAUCCUGGCCGACUACGAUUCAUUGGAGCUGGAUCUCACCGACCCUGCCACCUUCCGCGACCUCGCCAAGCCCAUGGGUGCGCAGAGCCCCGACCGGUUGGAGCAGUUUCGGAAGAGAUAUAAGGAGUGGGAUGACCCUCACGGCGAGACGCCGCCGUACCACUACGGCACGCACUACUCCUCCGCCAUGAUCGUGUGUUCGUACCUGGUGCGCAUGGAGCCCUUCACGCAACACUUCCUGCGGCUGCAGGGAGGACACUUCGACCUCGCCGAUAGAAUGUUCCACUCCAUAAAAGAAGCGUGGAAUUCGGCGUCAAGGCACAAUAUGGCUGACGUGAAAGAACUCAUCCCUGAGUUCUUCUACUUGCCAGAGUUUUUGUGCAAUUCUAACAACUUCGACUUAGGAUCGAAACAAUCUGGCGUGGCGUUGGGCGACGUGGUACUCCCCCCGUGGGCGCGCGGUGACCCUCGCGAGUUCAUCCGCCUCCACCGCGCGGCCCUGGAGUCGGACUACGUGUCGCACCGUCUGCACCACUGGAUCGACCUAGUCUUCGGGUACAAGCAGCAGGGACAGCCCGCCGUCGAUGCCUGCAACGUCUUCCACCACCUCUUCUACGAGGGCAACGUUGAUAUUUACAAUAUCGAUGACCCCCUGAAGAAGAACGCGACGAUCGGGUUCAUCAACAACUUCGGGCAGAUCCCAAAGCAGUUGUUCAAGAAGGCACACCCUAGUAAGAAAAUGUCCCAGAGGAGUUCCACAAUACUGGACCCCAACAACAUCAUACCGUCGCAGGGCAUUACACCACCGGAGAAACUCUUCUUCCACAACUUGGAGAACUUAAGGCCGUCUUUGCAGCCUGUCAAAGAGGUAAAAGGCCCAGUGGGUCAAAUCCUGUACACGGACAAAGCCAUCUUGGCAGUAGAACAGAACAAAGUGUUGAUGCCACCCUCGUACAACAAGUACGUGGCAUGGGGCUUCGCGGACCAUUCGCUCAGGAUCGGCAAUUAUGAUAAUGAUAAAGCGGUGUUUGUUUGCGAGACAGUCGCGCAAGCGUGCGGCGAGAUCGUGACGUGCGUGUGCCCCUCCGCGAAGACUAUUGUCACUGCUGGAACUAGUUCAGUGGUAACAGUCUGGCAAUACUCCUCCCGCCGGCGUCGUCUCGCAGUGAAAGUAUGUCUUUACGGUCACGAGGAAGCUAUCACUUGUUUGGCGGCUAGUCCUGCGUAUAACCUGGUGGUGAGCGGCAGUCGUGACGGGCAGGUGAUAGUGUGGGAUGUCGAGAGAGGCGCGUUUGUGAGGCAGCUGGUGCCCAGCGCCGCGCCCACAGUGCCGCCGCCCGUGUCUGCGCUCGCUAUUGAUGAUAACACCGGCGACAUAGCGACGUGUGUCGGCAGCUGGUUGUACGCGUGGUCAAUCAACGGAGAGCUACUAGGAGCGGUGGACACGGCCGGCGGCCGGGAGAGAGGGCAACAACAGGUGCUGUGCGUCGCCUUCAGCCAGACACGGGAGUGGGACCCGCUUAAUGUCAUCAUCACCGGCUCCACUGAUGGAGUGGUUAGGAUGUGGUCUAUCGACUACAUAGCAGAAACAGUGGAAGACCAGACUCAAAGCCAGGAUGCUCAAAAUUCAGAAAUACAAAGCACUGAGCCGGUCAGUUUGGACCCUGGAUUAAGCUCCUUGGACGUGGAACAAGAUAAAGACAAGCUCUCAGUAGCUGACAGCGAAGAUGUCAAGUCGGAGGGAGAGGGACGGAGUGACGGUGAGGGGAAAGAAGAUCUAGAUCCGGGGAAGAGAGAAGCCGCCAUCAAGAGGGUCGAGGAGUUGGUCAAACAAAUGAGUCUGUCGCAAGAGAAUGAAGGGUCAGGUAACCUCACAAAAUCAGCAUCAGAGAGUUCUCUCUCGGACGCUUGUGAGACGACGAGCGCCAAAGAAUCAGCUAGAAGACACGACGAGAAGGACGUAUGCAGCGACAACGAUGAACACUAUGCCGAAGAACAUAAGGACGAGAUUGUAGACUCCUGUGACGAAGCCAAGCAAGAGUAUGACAAUGAGAAGGACUUGGAAGUAGAGAAGGAGAAAAGCAAGUUGCAGAAGCAAGGGAAUGUCGUGCUCAGGCGCAAGUCGAAAGGAAACCCCUUGUACAGAAAGAGCGGCGGAAGUAUAGGCGACUCGAGCGAGUCUGGCUCGCUGGACACGACGGCGGGGCAGUCAGGCGACGCGGAGGGCGCGUUGCGCACCAGCAAGUCCGACACCAGCCUCACGGACUCCUUCGUCGUAGUGUCCGCGCCGGCCUCGCCGGCGCCCACACACAAGCAGAUACAGAAACCACCUAUUACUGAGAUUGAAUCAGGAACAAAAUGGGUCCGGCGGCUGGUUCUGCGCGGCAAGUUGACGAUGCACACGGCGUACGAGCGGCGCGACAACGCGUGCCCCGCCUCCGUCACCGCCGUCGCCGCCGCCAAGAGCGGCCGCGGGCUUGCGGUCGGGGACGCGCGCGGGCGGAUAUUCCGCUGGUCGGCUCCGGACAUGUCAAGUUCGUCUGGCGCUAAAGGCGGCCCGGCGGACCACUGGAUACGAGACGAUACCGCCCCCUACUGCACACAGUGUCAGGUCCGGUUCACGGCGCUGGAGCGGCGCCACCACUGCCGCGAGUGCGGCUGCGUGUUCUGCGGGCGCUGCUCGCGCUACGAGGCGCCGGUGCGGCGGCUGCGCGCGCUGCGGCCCGUGCGCGUCUGCCAGACCUGCUACGACAACAUACACAACAAGCGGGACUAGACACCUAUAUACUAUACUCUAGCUUAACCAAACUUUGCGGCUACUCGAGAUUCUUACACCGAAAUUCAACUUGACUUUUUAAAUGGUUCUAGAUUCUGUAAUGACAUUUAGUAGUUUGCCAUGAUUCGCUUAUACACACUUAUAUAUCUUAUGCGCAGGUACAAAUACGAGGCCCGAGUGCUUCAUAGAUGUUUUGUCGCAGUAACGUCUAUGUUACAUUCUAUUCGUUUAGUUGUACUCGCAAUAGCUAAUUGAAGGUAAAAAAUACCUCGUAAAACGACGAUAUACGUCGUACGUCGUUGUAGGUUCAUACCAAAACACAGUAUCACGUUAUAGAGAUACGCAAAAUUUCCGAAAACAAUUCCAGUUGAAUAUAAGAAUGCCGAGUAGCUAUAUUACAUUAUACAAUGCCGCCACUAUAGAGCAAGCGGCUUGGUUAGAUAAUGACGUCAUGUACGUCAUGUAUUUACAUUGAUUGCCUAAAAAUAUAAAAACGAACAAAAAAUGUUAACUAAAUAUUACAUGUCAAACUCUAGCGACACUAUAAUGUUCAAAUUAUAUACGGAAAAAUAGUUUUUAUCAACUCAUUUGAAGCCUACGAGACUAUUUAUCUAUUACUAUAUUGUAAGACAUCUCUGUAUCACAUCCAAUGGUAAUAUUCGCGUAUUUUUUUCAACUCUUAGAACAUCUGAUGUAGGCGUAAACACUCAAAACUACGUGAAUUUCGAUGUGAGUUAUGUGCAAGAUGCAUUGAAAUCAUUCAUUGCACAGGAAUAGGUUGAAGUUAUGACACGUGCCUAUAAAGUUUAAAAUGUACUUCUAGUUAGUGGCGCUAUGAAGUAGGAAUUUGAAACCUAAAUAUGAGACCGAAUCUAAACCGUCACAGAGCUCAAAAUGUGAACAGCUAAGGAGGUUUUUCAUGGAUCUUUAACUAACUGGCUACUAAACAUAGACGGCUGAUAUAGAUCUCUAUACAUAUAGACGUAUAGAGACGGGAAGUUUCUUGUAGGGAAUGCCAUGCGUGAACAAUACGGUAAAGUAAUGAAAGUAACGCUGCGAUACGGCAAAAUUAGAUGUUACAAUUCAAAUACUUUCGAGAUGUAAUACGAUGCUUGAUAUUAUUUUCGUGUAAAUGACCAUAAAAUGCUUUAAGAGUGUUUAAGUGAAGUAGUAUUGUAUUAUUAAAAGUUACUUAUCUACUAUUUUCAAUAUACUUAUUUAUAAUGUGAGAAUAGCGUGUUUAAACAAAAGACAACUAUAAAGAGGUGUACGUUAAUCUCACUGCCCUUGGCUGAAAUUGUCGUAUGGCGCACGUAACACAAAAAUACAGAAAAAAAAUAUGUUUUCGAUGUUUAGCUACCUUUUGUUAACUUAUAAAUGUAUAAGUGUUAAAUUAAUGUUUGCUAAGUGUAAUAUUUAGAUUACAAAUUAUAAACUUAUAUUUUUACAAGUCGUUCGCCCCAAUUUUUUCUACACGCAAACAUUAUUUACCGUUAUAGGGAUAUUUUGUUGUAACAUUUAUUAUUAUUUGAAAUCGUCAUUAAAUCAGUAUUAAUAAUAUAGGAAAUGUUAUUAAAUAGUAAUCUACUAUCCUUUAUAAUCGAUCUCAAAAUUAACAUGCUGUUUUGUUGUUUCUUUUUGCUGAGUCAGCUUCAAUUAGUGUGUAAGUUUAAUUUAAAUAUAUAGCUAUAUUAAUUAAUAUUAUUAUUUUUAAUCUAUUCACACAGGAAGCUGUUGUUACUUUACAAUUGUGAUAUAAUUUAUUAUAUUUGAUUGGUUUAU